AUGGCGAAGAUGGGUCCGAGACCCAACCCGGUCGGUCCGAAUCCGACCGCGAGUUCCAAGGAAAUCCGUUACAGGGGGGUGAGGAAGCGUCCGUGGGGCCGCUACGCCGCCGAGAUCCGGGAUCCCGGCAAGAAGACGCGUGUCUGGCUCGGCACCUUCGACACCGCCGAGGACGCUGCCCGUGCAUACGACACGGCGGCGCGUGAGUUCCGCGGCUCCAAGGCCAAGACCAAUUUCCCUUCCCUCCUCCACCUCCACCCCCACAACAACAACACCAACACCGCCGCUGUCCUCUCCUUGUAG